AUGAUGGGACGUUUUGUUCAUCUUUUUACUCUGUGUGGAUUUUGUCUACUUUUCUUGCGUAGAGAGACCUGUGCAUAUAACUUUGAAAUCGGUUACGAGUAUCAUUAUGAAUACAAAGCCGACUCAGUGGUAUUAGCGGACUUCCAAGUGCUUACCAUUGUCAAGUUCAGUGUCCUGCCACUAGUGAGAAACAAUGGGUCGCUCCUCUGUCAGAUACAUUUGGAUAGCUUCACACAGUCAGCUGGUGGAAAAACUAAGAGCAACCCAGCUGGAUGGAACUUUGCAAAAGGAUUCGAGUUUGAGCUUUCUGAAGAUGGUCUAAUUAAAGAUAUAUGCCAUCACAAGGAAGAUCAUCAUGAGGUCAUCAAUCUUAAAAAGGUCCUUGCCAGUGUGUUUUCAGCCAUAGGAAAGCCUCAGAGUUUAAGUAGCCAGGCUUUUAUCAACUGGGAAUACGACCACUCGGGAUACAUACAUCAUCGUUAUGCAAUUCAGAACUCUGCCUUGGGCUAUAAAGUGCAUAAAUUUCACGAGAGUGACGGGCAAGUCUAUAGAAAACACGCCAAGACUUUACAUUACACCAACAAUGGAGUUAUUGAAUUUAUCAAAGCAGACGACAAAGUUAUUCUUCAGAACAAAAAUAAACACAAGAAACAGGAAGUAAAACAUUCUGUCCCUGGUGAAAAAGAAAUAGAAGUCGAAUCCAGUGGAGAUGUAAAUGACAUUGAAUCAAACACAGCAACUGAAGUACGUCUUGUCAAUAAAGUAAAAAUUCACAAAGUAGACAAAUUAAUACGCCUCGACAUAAAAUCCAAAGUAAAGGACAUCAUUGUUGCUAAAAAGGAAAAAUCUGAAAAAGUUCAUUUGGAAGAUGUAAAAGUUCAAGAAGUUCUCAAAUCCAAAGUAGCCUGUAUUCAGUCUAACAACGAUGAAGUUAGUAGAAAUAGAACUGAUUGUUUUGCUGAGCUGGUACAGCUUGUAGACCGCCUCUAUAAAGAAGACUACGAGAAACUUGCUACCAAAGAGCUAUCGCAGUGGUGUCAACACAACGAUACGAUGUGUGUUUCACGUAGAAACGUCUUCAUUGAUCUUUUAUUGAUGAAGGGAGACAAUGUUACUCAAGAUCUAAUCAUUCAACAUUUCUUCCUAAACAAAGAUGUCAACGAAACCGAUCUCUUUCGUAUUUUUUUCCAUGUUGCAAACCUGCGAACCCCAACUUUGGCGUUUUUAAAAGCUGUAGAAGAGCUAUGUCUCGGGCCAAACAAUUCAAAUAUAGGUUUAAUGGCUUUGACAAAAAUCGAGAAACAUGCGUGUUUAGCCUUGGGAACAUUGAUAAAAACUUUUAGAAACAAUUCUUUGCUUAGUGAAAAGACGGACACGCUUUUAGAUUCAUUACAGCGGUGGCUGGCUCCCCACAAUCAAACUCAGUAUACAGAAUUUCGAAACAAAAGAAGACCACGCCGAUCAGUGGAUGGGUUUGAUCGCGAGCUACAUAAUUACACCUACUCCAAGAUGGUCUUGAUUCAUGCUCUGGGAAACACUGGGAGUUCCAGGGACCAUCUUCUGACCUACAUGCAACCUGGAGAAGGAGACAACAGCUGGAGAAGGGCGGCGAUUCUAGCAAUGAGACACUUUAAAUGUGUGGAGAGUUCGACAGCUCUGCUUAAUUUGGCGGUCAAUGAUGGACAUUCUGUUGUAAAGCUACAGGCGUUGGAACUAUUUGAGAAACAUCCUUUAUCAAAUAGAAGUAUUCCAGAGCAUAAGGAUGUUUUAUUAAGUCGUUCUUACAACUAUAAGACUCUAAUGAGGGUAAAAAGAGGCAUUCUUGACGUGGAAUUCAAAGAUGGAAUCUUCUUCUCAUUGAAACUUCCUGGCAUUCAAUGGACGAAAGAACUCGGCAACAGUGCCCUUGGAGCAGCUUUUGGAAUUAUUUUAAAUAAUGAACUAGAAGUAGAAAUAAAACCUCUCAGUGGCCAUGCCAUGCUUAACGUGUAUGAUGAUGUUUUUGCCAAAGUAAUGUUGGGCUGGUUUAACGUGGAACAAUAUCUUUUUCGAGCACACGCCUGUUACAGAGGCCAUGCAGGAUAUGAUAUCAAUAUACUAAAGGAUUUUGGAAUAAACGGUAUCGAGGACCUUGCUUUGAUAUUCGACAGGAUUGUAAAAACGAUAGUCGAUCCAGUUGUUAAAGUUGUGCAGGCGUUCAAGACCCUUAUUCAAGUAUUUGACAAAGGCAUUGAAUAUAUCGUCAAUAAAAUUAUAGAAGUGGUCAAGAACUUUCCCCUUAUCCUGGAGAGUAUUGUUCAGAAAGCCGUAGAUGCAGUAAUGAAAGUUAUUGAGUACGGAGGCGUUCCCUGGAUAGACCAGAUUAAAAAAAUUAUCAUCAAAGCUAGAUACUUUGUUGAAGACAUCAAAGAAGAUAUUACCAAUUUCUAUAGCACCAUUGCUGAUGCAAUAACGGUGACACUUCCAUACGUUGGCAAAAAAUUAUUUGAUUCGGUGGCAUCAAUAAUUUCGGCAUUGAAAAACUUCUUAUCAAAUCCGGUGCAAUCAGUCACCAUCUUUGGAAAAUCAGUUUUAGACAUAAAGCUUGCCAUAGGCAUGUUCCUUGAUGUUAAAAACAAAGUGAUCGAGACUUUAUCUUUUUUAAAAGGUGGAACCCCUUUCUGGAUUGACUAUUGGGAAGAUUUUAAAGAGAUACUUGGAGAUGUUCAAGAUCUAUUUCGACUCAUUUUUGAAAAGGAAAACACACAAUCUACUGUGAAUCUUGAAGAUGAGCUUUCAACUGCACUUACAGAUGGAGUUAAAAUGACGAAGGAGGAAACAAACAUAUUCAUUGAAGUUAUCAAAGACUCGUUUGGAGAACUAACGAACCAGCUGAAGGAAUCUUUGAGUGAUUUAGUAUCUCCGUUUUUCAAAGCAUUUAAUUCCGUAUUCAAUGCUAUAAAAGCAGUGAAAUCUGGCUAUACAUCGAUAAGAGACACAUUUAUUAAAAUAAAGAACAUCGUACAGAAAAUAUUUGGUUCCAAAUUCCAUAUUACAUUUCCCAAUCGUCGAAGACGUGAGGAUUCAACCUGUGGUGUUGGUGUUUGGCCAACCAAUCAACAGAACAGGUAUCAAACACUGGGGGUUGAUGUGCGGAUAUCUUACCAUUCAGAUAUUCGAUGUCCUGUCAGUGGCGAGGUAUUCAGAGAGGACAAGAGAGUUAGAAUUUUGCCAACUGAUGAGGAUUUUAUUGACUUUGAAAUCAUUAUAGAAAACAUUAUUCCGACAUCAAAUAUUUCAACAAGUGGACAGUUUCUCAUAGCUGGAAAAGACAUCAUCGGAAAAGCUGAUCAGUCUCCAUGUGAACACAACUGCAUCCAUGUUUCCGUUCGUAAAAAAUCAUUAACCCCGAUGGCGGAUUCAAAAUACGAAUACAUAGACCCAUCUCCCUUCCUUGACCAUUUGCUUCCAACUCCUCAAUGGAUUUGGGAUUGCCGGGACUAUACCUAUAUCAACUUUAUAAGCGUCGUUUCAGCUGACGCAGGCGAAGAAGAAUUAGAAGAAGAAAAUGAAGAAAUACCUCGAUCGGAUUCCCCACAAGAUCCAGGAAGCGAGUUCCCUCCGGUGGAACCAAAUUACAGACCUCCAGAAUUCGAAGUUGCUGUUCCAUCCGAUCCCGUUGCCAUGACUGCGUGGAAUAAUUUCAAAAAUGGAUUUAAAGGUUUAGUUGCCAAUUUCAAAGACAUCGCCAAACAACUUUUCGAUUUUUCAAACAACAGAACUGGACCAAACCUUUUGGACCUUGUGGAUGUAAACAAAUACACUCUUGGUAGAAUUAAUGAGCUACUUGGAGAAAAUGUCGCAACAGAAAUGAAAAUAGUUUUUGAUAAACUCCAACAGCUUCGAUCUUCAAUUUCUGCUCAGAAUCUAGAUGGCUUGUCCAUGUCAAAGCUUCGAUCCCUACUGUCGGCAAGUUAUAGUUCAAAUUCUGGAGCAAAAUCCAACAUGAUAUCAAGGAUUUUAUCAAGAACAGAACAAGAUUGUCCAUCAUUUUUAAACAGACUACCAAAAGGUCCUGGUAAUGUUUGCUUUGUACAUCGAAGUUGCAACGAAAUUUCAUGUGCUGUUUUGCUUUCCUUUGCCAACAAAAGAGUAAUGACAACAUUCAGCAUAAAGAUGGACAACUGUUUAAAAGAACUUGAGAUAACCACGCAAUCAACUACAACUGUAAUAAAAUUCGAAAAUGCUGAGGAAAUAGACGAAAGGGUCAGACUUCUUGCUUUGUCGACACUGAUGACAGCAGAUCUUGUGGUGUCAAUUUCUUUCCUUUGGUCCAACCCCGUAGUUUCUUUAAGUGCAGAACUUUGUGUAUCGGAUUAUAUAAGUUGCCUUAGUACGAUACCCGUAAUGCUCAAUUACGAACUUGAGGAAACAGAUUGUUCUCAAGAUAACGCUGGUAUAAUAUUACCAAGCAUGAAUGACAUAACUGUCGAAGACUUUAUAGCAGAUCUUUCAGAUCACCAUCUCCUAGAUCGUGAAAUACUUAAAGUUUUGGAUACCAUUAGAGAAGCUAUGAUAGACGAAUUAAUAAACGACCCAAGAACACUUUUAAAAAUUAUGGGGAAAGAAUUCAAGAAUAAAAUUGACUUCUGUGCAGACGUGGAGAUACCAUUUCCUGUAAUAGAUUUUGUGUUUGUCGACAGUGACUUAUAUCCACCAGUAUUUAUAAUGGUUGGGCCUGUUCCAAUCUUUUUUGAAUUUGGAGCUGCAGCAUCUGUUGGUUUAAAAAUAGAAGUAGGACUAUGUAUUCUGAGUUUCAAAGCAAGAGCAACAUUAAUACCUUGGGCAGGUGCAAAAGCAUGGGGAGGUGCUUAUGUGCAAUUUUUUCUGUUUAAAGCUGGUAUAAGAUUAACAGGAUAUCUCCUUGAAACAAGAUUUCCAAUUACAGCAGAAAUCACGUAUAAUAAAUUUCCUUUAGAUGUCAAGGGAAGACUUGAUAUCACACUGGUACCUCUGCGAUUAAAGCUGGAAGCUUAUUGUAUGUUGGAAUUCAAAAUUUGUGUUUGGAAAUGUAUCAAAAUUACCAUAACGAUUUUCCGAGGCACUCUUUGGACAUUUUCAACAAAACCAAUUUCUGGUAACAUUUUCACCAACAUAAACGAGGAAAAGGACACCUCUCCUCCACAGUUCUCUCCUCCUGGUGUAACCGGUCCAAAAAGUCGGCGAAAACGGGAAACAACGGGAAAUUGUCUCAUUAAACAAAUGACAGGUCGGAAUCAUAAAGACCCUGCUUAUGAGCUUCAAGUUGCAGCAGACGAUGAUAGAAGUAACCUGAAAUUGUUUUAUGCUAUUGGCACUCAACAGGGUGGCACAAAUGUCCUUGACUUUACAGAAAUGGGUGGAUUUUCUGUCUUAGUAGCAACUGAUGACUUACCGAACGGAAUACCUCUAUACUGGACAGUGAAGGCAGUGAACAGUCAAGGCUCUGAUGCUCGCGUGUAUUGCAUGCUUCAAACGUAUGACAAUACAUUACCUGACGGACGAGUUGACCCUUCUUAUAAAUACAGUUCUCACCCGAAUGUUUUAUCAGGUACCAUCAAUGUUUUUGAUGAUUCCCUGUUGCAACAAACACAUCUUCAAGCAAUGGGAUUCAGCUCUGGAAUGUACGGAAGCGAAAUCGUAUCAUGGAAAAACCUAACGUUGGGUUCAACGACACACAGGGUUGGAAUUAUGAACGAUUUGAAACAUUUUAGUGUUCCUAAAGAUGGUCGACUAACAACCCAACCAUUUGCCACUCAUUUUACCCAUACAUCACAUGAAUGUGCAACACAAUGUAUCAAUGCUGGAACAAAAUGUGUUUCAUUUGAUUACGCAUAUUUUACGGAGUCGUGUGAGCUCCAACAUGUAGUAGAAGGACCAAACGCAAAACUACGUGUAAGUGGUACUUAUAUGAACUACGAAAGGCUUGGAGUAGGAUAUAACUCCUUUGAGAGGUACGAGAACCUUCCUCUUGAACAUGGUAAUGUAUAUUUUAUAAAUGCUAGGAUAGGAAAUGUUCUUGGAUAUGUUGGAUACCUUCAUUCAUUUGGAACAAUGGUUGACUUCACAUCACCAAUGACUGGUCCAUUGGGUACUGAUUUUCAAGAAACAACUUCAGCACAUGGAUGUCACGCUUCAGUAGCACAGCGUUGUGUUGAAGUUACCUGGAAGGAAAAUCAUAGGCACAUUAUUGAUGGGCAAGGAGCAUCGACGGUGUUUAAUGGUCAUACUCCGCUUGUCGAUAAACUGUAUACGAAAUCUAAUCACUACAUUUCUGUCAAUUUCGAUGGUUUCCAUGAUGACGAGUCUGGUAUAUAUCAAUACUCGUGGGCUGUCGGGCAGUCCGUUUGUUCUCAUGAUGUGGUUAACUUUUCUGAUCCACAUGAGUUCCUACACAGCGCAAAACACUGGACUCACAAUGGAUACGAGAAAAAUCUUCAUUUAUCGGAUGGGAAGUACUUCAUGACAGUCCAGUGUCUGAACAAUGUGGUAUUUGGUGGCUCCUUAGUUACAACGGUUUGUCACAGAUUACCUAUUACAGUGGACACAACUCCCCCAUAUUUUGAUGGAGUUGAACAAAUUUAUUUUGACGAGCACUUUGAUAUUUUGGCAAUUUAUUAUAAAGCUGGAGACAAUGAGUCUCAAUUGGCCAGCGCGGACUUUGGAUUGGGAAAAACGAAGUACGACGUUCUCGUAAGGAAGUAUUCCUAUCACCCUCCGAUGAAUGGGGAUGAUCAUCCAUUCAUCGUGAUAGAAGAACUGGAUUUACAAGAAGGGAUUCCAGCAUGGCCACGAGUGAGAGUAGACAAUGGAGUGGGUUUGUUUAAAGCGGGUAGUGGUCCAGAGCCUAUCUUGAUUGACAGAUCACCGCCAAUAGCCGGUAACGUUUUGGAUGGUGAUGUCAUCCAUCACGACAUAAUGUACCAAUCCAGUGACAAAGAAAUGUGUGCUCAGUGGACAGGUUUCUACGACCCUGAGUCUGGCAUUGACCAUUUUCGAUGGGGAAUUGGGACGAAACCCGAAGUAGACAAUGUGAUGGCUUUUCGUAAUUUCUCCCACAAUACGAGACAUGCAUGUGUUGACAUUGUCCUACAGCACAACACAAAGUACUAUUCCACUCUGAUUGUCUUUAAUGCAGCCCUCAACUCCAAGGAUUCAAACAGUUCUUCUGAUGGAGUUCUCGUUGAUACUACUCCACCAGUCCCAGGUUAUGCUGUUGAUGGUUCAAACUUGAAUGGAAAUGUGUUAUUUUCAUCUGAAACAGCAACUAAAAGUGUUUCGUGGGACAAUUUCACCGAUCCAGAGUCUGGUAUUCAACACUAUGUUGUAUCAGUUUACGUUAAUGAUGUCAAGGCAAAAACGUUUGUCCCUAUGGAAAACAUGCUUAUGACUGACCACUCUGUCAGUAUGGAGCAUGAUGAUAAAGUGAGAUUUGAAGUGGAAAGCUUUAACAAAGCGGGUCUUUCUGUGGCUGUUAGCACGGACGGAUUCACCAUCGAUCACACACCGCCAAAUUUAGUUCUUAUUCAAGACAACAUGCUUGGAUUAAAGUAUCAAACUGAUGACAGCAAUUUAAACCUGCGAUGGCAAUUCGAGGACAACGAAUCAGGGAUAAAAGAGUAUCGAUAUUCAGUUUUUGAGUUAAUGCAUGGGUUGAAAAAGCGAGUUUGGCCGAAGACAGCUAUGUAUAUUUCAAUAUCACCAAGUUUGACAUCACAACCAACAGAAAUUGAUUUUAUUGAACAACUCGUCUCAGGUGCUACAUACUCAGUUCACGUCACUGCUAUCAACCAAGCACAACUGUCAACAGCUCACGAAUCACACGGUGUAACUAUUGAUCCGACUCCACCCAUCAUGUUUAAGGUUCAUCUAGGAUUGUUAGAUGAAGAUGAGGAAAUUGAAGACGGAUUUCUUCAGCAUGCAAAUUCACAAUCUAUGAGAGUAAGUUGGAUUGGAGAGGACCCAGAAAGUGACAUUGGUAAUUUUUUUGUUGCCAUUGGAACAAGCAAAGGAGAUGUAAGCGUGACAGAUGGCUACAUUGAUAUGGGUAAAGAAACUUCUGCUGACAUAAAAGUAGAUUUGCAGACGUUUUUUGACUCGGGUAUAAUAUACUACGUAGCUGUCAAAGCCGAAAAUGGUGCGGGCAUUUUAUCCAACCCAAUGUUUUCCAAGCCAAUAAAAAUCUUAAAAGAAAAUAUACCAGGAGUGAUUUACGAUGGUCGUGAACAUUACGUAGACGAAGACAUUACAAAUGAUAAGUUUAGUAUUGCAAUGCAUUUCCAGGGCUUUGAAAGUGAAGCGUGUAAUAUUAUAAAAUAUGAAUGGGCAAUUGGAUCGCAACCAUACCUUUCCGACAUAAAUGACUAUACAGAAUACGGCCUUGUUCACAACGAAACUCACGGAAAAGCACAAACUCAUGUUCAAUUGGGAGAAAACAAAACUUAUCAUGUGACAGUGAGGGCAAAAACAGGACAUAACUGUCAUGAAGAAUAUAUCGUAUCAACAUCUGACGGAAUAACUACCGAUUUCAAUCCUCCAAAGAUAUCGGAUAUUUUACCACAGAAUAAUGAAGGACACCUUUUUGAUUUUGAUUCUCAAAGUUUUUAUCAGACAUAUACCGAUUCAUUUGAAUACAAAUGGAAUGUAAGUGAUAUAUCAACAUUAAGAUAUUUGAAUUUCUCAAUCGGAACACAACCGCUUACAAGUGAUGUGGUUUCUAUAACACCAUCUACAGAACCAAAAAUUGAACCAGGUUUGUUUUCUCCAACAGCUGGAGAGUCAUAUUUUGUUACUGUUUAUGCGGUGGAUGAAGUUGAAUAUGCCACAACAGGUGCAUCAUUGCCCAUCAUUGCGGACAUUUCUCCGCCCACCAUUCAGAAGUUUCGUUGCACCGAAGUCAUAUCAACAAAACACUCUGUAGUGAGUUGUUCGUGGAUAUCAAUAGAGGAGGAGAGUAAGUUGAAGCAAAUAACAACAAGUAUCGGUUCCAGGGAGCUGUCUGAUGACAUCAUCAAAAACACCACUUUGCCAUCUAACAUAAAUACGUGGACGGUUGAUGUUAAAAACUCUUCUAAGCUUGAAUAUAUGUCCAAAAUUUAUGCCACCCUCACUGUUACAAAUGUAUUGAAUCAGUCUCUAACAGAAACGUUUCAGAUCGAGAUUGAUUCAUCAGCGCCUUUGAUUGAAAACGUUGCAUUUGUUACCUGGACAAAUCCUAACAAAGAACGCUUUAAGCAGAUUUGUCAACAGCCAUGGACAUACGUAGAUGUAAAUAUAUCGGUAUUAGAUGAUAAAGAAUCUGGUAUAGAAAGAGCUGAAAUUUGUCUUGGAAGUAAACCUGGGUUGGAUGAUAUCAAGGACUAUCAAGAUCUGAGGGGAACAUAUAUUACCAUCGAUAACCUUGCUGUGUCCGCCGGAACAAAGAUUUUUGCCACCGUCAGAGCUUAUAACAAAGUAGGACUCCACAAUAUCGUGACAUCAGACCAAAUAACAGUGAGUCCUGAUCCUGUGAUUGAAGUAUUAGACGGUAAAGGCGAAAAAGAUAUUGAUUACCAAAGUGAUCUCCAUGUUAUUCAAGGAUCUUACCGCUACUCUGACAACUGUCCUAUCACGAGAGCUGAAUGGUCUGUCGAGGAUUUAACGGGGAAAACCAUACAAAAUUUUACAAUAAUACCAGGGAACGGCUUCUUAUUUUACAAUGAUGAGCUUAAUUUAAUGAACAAUGUUCACUACUUUGUCAAAAUUAAACUGACCGAUGCUUUAAAUCGCACUAAAACUGGUGUGUCAGAUGGCAUCACCGUAAGGAUCCAGCCCCCAUAUUAUGGAUCUGUCAGAGAUGGUCUUGAUAAUAUUGAUAUUGACUACCAAGAAUCAACAACAGUUCUGUCAGCAAACUGGGAUGCGUUUGGCGAUGAGCUAUCUGAUGAUCCUACGCAACAAAUUGAUCAUUAUGAGAUUUCCAUAGGAGAAGACACGAAAGACCAUACAACAAGAACUAACAUUCAUUAUUUUACAAAUGUCGGUUUGAACAAAAGUUACACAUUUACUGGUCUAAAUCUGACUUCAAAGAUAAUACUAUAUUUCGUAACUGUAAGAGGUUAUAGUAUCACAGGUGCUUAUGAGGAAAAUUAUUCAAAUGGUGUGCUAGUAGGGUAUCGCUUGGGUAUUAUCCCAGGAGCCAUAGAAACAAAUGUCGUCCAGAGCAGCGAAAGUGAAAUAUCUAUUUCAUGGACUGAUUUUCAAUCAGAUAUUGGGAUAAAUGAGUACUCGGUUGCUGUUUCUAGUAAAUUCGUUACACUGAGUAAUAAAACCUUUUCAUGCUCUGACAUUCUAAAGGUUUCUUCGCUUUUUGAUAUUGUAAACUUAACAAGAGUCGGGCUUAAUACUUACGUAACUUUUACAAACCUAACUCUAAAUCACGGGAUGCUCUAUUACAUUACGGUAAUUGCAAGUGAUGAAAUUGGGCAAUGCUCUUCUUCCCAAAGCAAUCCACUUCUUGUUGACACGACGCCACCAGCUGACGAUAACGUUACAUUCAUGAUAAAUAAUUGGAAUGUGAGUGGAUUGAAACAGUUUUAUGUGACAGAAUCAAAUGAAAUUGAAAUACAACUGUUAGAUCUGGAGGACCCUGAAAGUGGUAUAGACAUUAUUACUUUCCGUUUACAUGAAUACUUGGAUUGUCCAACAUCUGAGAAACAGAGAACGAUUGUUCUCAAAGAAAUUGAAGCCCUAACAGAUCCAAAAGUACGAAUGAAAAGCCUAGAACUACAUCCAAAUCAGUACUAUUACAUUGAAGUUACAGCAAGUAACAACGCUGGACUACAAACCCACUUGAGAAGUCCAAUAAUGUUACUUGACACUGGUUCACCUUUUGUCGGAACUUCAAAAAUUGGAAUCAAAUGGGAUCAUGAUCAAUUGUACCAAUCUUCCACAUCAACAAUUGAAGCCUUAACAGCUAUAGCAAGGACAGAAGAUGCAUAUCUUUGCGAUAACACUGAUACACUUUUUCCUUGCAAAGAUGAAUCUGGAUGGGAAACUUUAGUUGGUGACUUUUCCCCUGAAAAUGUAUUGAAAAAUAUAAACAAGUAUGUUCUCAAAAUUGGUUAUAACGUUCCCCUAACUAAAGUUCUAAAAAGUGGAAUAUCGCGUAAAAUCGGUGCAUUGUACGAAGGAAAAUUUUUUAUAUCGUUAUCAGCAGCAAAAGGAAAAAAUAUAACAACGUCAGUGAUUAUGUCAGCUUCAAAAGAAAAUCCAUAUUUCCCAGAAAUAUUUGUCCGACCUUAUCAAAGAAGUUUGGACGAUGUUACCUUUAAUAUUUCUAAAACUGAGCUUGUAAAUGAAACCAUUUCAAAUAAUUUGAACGGCACAAAUGUUCCAACAACAACAAAAUCCUUAACUCCUCCCAUUUUAGUUGUAAAUAAUCAAACUGGACCAACAUACGAGAACGUAGAUACAGAAAUUUCCCAUGGAUUUGGAUUCCAAGUUUUAGGGGAUCAACACAACGGAAGCAGGUAUUGGGACUGUCUGUUUUGGGCAAAAGAUACAUAUGGAGAAAUUCAUAAAUGGACCAAUAUAAAACGAAACCCAUUUGAAUCACAACUUGUGUAUAAUAUCAAGAUAACAAAAAGAGAACAAGAUAAAAGAGCUGUAUUGGAUUUGCAAUUUUUAAUUGACGGAGAGGAAAAGGCGAAUAUAUAUGGAUUGAGUGUUGAUGAUAAGGAAAUGAAUAUUUUCGUCCAAACAUGGAACUUAAAUAAUUAUCAGGAGCCGUUGAUAGAUCCCAUACAUCCGUAUAGAUCUCAAGCAACCCUUUCAAAAAUGAAAAUUCCCUCUAAUAAAACAAUGGAUUGCAUUCAUGGAACAGGUUUCUAUGACAGAGAAAGUGGGAUAGCAGAAAUAUGGGCAGGUGUGUCAGACAAUGUCGAUGAACCUGGUAAUGUCAAGAAAAUGGAGUUAUACAAGAGAAUGUGCACGCCUUGCAUGUUCAAUUGUAAUUUCAGCUGUGAUACAAAUUGUGCUUUUAAAGAUAAUAAGUUACAAGAAUUUGAAAUAAUACCAAUCAAACUUCACAAUUUAACUCUUACACCAACCAUUCUUUCGAAUGAUGGGUUAAAUGCAAGUGUGCAUACUGAAAUUCGCAAUAUAACACAAUACCGUGUCAAUUUGAAAAUGGUGAAUUUUGCCGGUCAGUCAGUGAUAAGUACUACAAACCCUAUUAUCAUCGAUACAACACCACCUGUUUGUGAGUUUGUCGAAUGUGUGGAUCCUGUAUUAACGGGAAUGGAAUCACCAACUCAAACACUGGGGUCUAAUAAGACAAUAGGUGCUUACUGGUCAUGCGAUGACAAUAUUAGUGGAAUAAAGAGUGUUUAUAUUAAAGUCGGAACUGCAAAUAAAGAUAGAGGCAAUAAAGAAGACGAAAACAAAUAUAAGCAAAAAGAUAUCGGUUCUGUUUCAAACGUUCGAGUCGAUUUGGAAGAUAAUAUAUACUUUGACGACAGAACAACUUAUUUUGUCAAUCUUUUGGUUUAUAAUGGUGCUGGUCUUUCAGCUAUGUACAGUUGUAAUGUUACAACGAUUCUUUCACCGCCUAACGUAUCAGCUAUUGACUCACAAAUAAUACAUUCCUCGGGAUUUGAUACUGACACUGGUGUUGGCUUUGUGGACACUUUGGACCAAUUCGGAAUUACUUGGAACAACAAGAAGAACGAUACAGAGUAUUAUAAGUGGCAAAUGGGAACCUAUAAAGGAAGUGCUGAUGUGAUCCCACCGACCAUUAUAGGAUUAACUAAAGAAGGAAGUGCACAGGUAAUUGGCGGUGAAUUGUGUUUAAAUGGCAACAAGACGGGAAAAUCUCUCGCUGCAUUAUCACCCAGCACCUGGAGAAAUUUUACAGAACAAGAAAUAAGCAACACAGAGAGCGAUUUUCGGUUUUUGUUGGAACCCGGUCGAUGUGUUUAUCUUUCCCUGAUAGCUGUUGGGUAUUCCAACUUAGAGGCAAAUAUAUCUACGCAACAACUUUGCUUCAAAAGAAAAGACAAAGAUUUGGUUAUUCAUAAUCAACAAAAAAAUAUAACGAUUAUUGGAUGGAGUUCUAAUGACAAGUUUGAGGAAGUACAGCAUGUUAUUGGAAACGAACAUGUUGUUUUACAAAUAACGGGUCAAGUAAUUGGAGCUACUGUAGGAGUCCUGUCUGAUGCAGAUCUGAACAACGAGUAUGGAUCAGCUUCGUCCUUUGAUUACAGGACGUAUCUAACUAAUCCUAAUACAACGAGCUGGCCAACAACGCGCGAAAUACGAAACAGAAUAAUAAUGCCGAUUGGGAUCAAUUUUUUUGUCGCCCCUACACCUGAAAUGGCUGUGGAAAAGAUUAAUGUUCACAUCAAGUACAAUCCUUUGGUAUAUCUUAACAACACAGUACCGGCGCUUCUUCUAUGGGAUAUCUACGCCUUCAAUUCUGAAACCAAAUCGUACGGAAUUUGGCGUCAUGUAGAAGAAAACUGUGGGGAAGAUAUUACGAAACCAAGACUUGAUGGAAACAUAUAUAAAACUCAGAUAUGCUUGCACAUCUUCCAAAACCAAUCACGGAAAAAGAGAUCAACAGCUGUAAAUGUAAUCCAUCCUUACCAGUUUACGCUAACAGCUAUGAACGUAUCGUAUUACAACUCCCCACCUGUAAUAGAUAUCGAUACAAUAGUGACAAAAGAAGAUACACCGAUUAUCAACUUCCUCAUACCUUAUCAUGAUGAUGACCUGGACUCAGUGCAGUUUUACUUGACAGAAAACCCUAGCUUCGGUGAUGCAAAUAUAACUUUAAAUGGAAGCCUAACGUACUAUCCAAAAACAAAUUUCUUCGGAAAUGAUAGCAUAAAAAUCAAACUGCAAGAUGAUGCAAGUUAUCCUGCAGUUGUGGAAACAACUAUGAGGAUUACUGUGACUGGGUUGAAUGAUAUGCCACUGUUUGGUUUCCUUUACAACAACUCAGCAUAUAAUGUAAUGGUAAACAAAAGUCUAGAGCUAACGUUCGAAGGCAACACGACAUCACACUAUUUGUUUGAUUUCGGCUUUGCAGAUGUUGACGACAAUGAAACCUUAUCGUUUUUAUCAAGCGUCACUAAUCCAAACAAUGUCAAUUUUUCAAUGAUUCGGAGUGAUGCAUCAUUGUUUAUUCCAGACUUGUUCGGAGAUUUUGAUAUAAGGACACAUCAGGAAUAUUCGGCAGAGAUGACAAUCAACAAAAAUUUUCACGGUGACUUCUUCUAUUAUAUUUUAGGGUAUGACAGCCAGAAAGUGUACACUGAGCGGUUAGAAACUCAUAUCUAUAUUCUUUGGUCACCAUGUGUUAACGGAAUUUGUUCUCCUAAAUUUAACGAUUCUCCACCAUGUGAAGAUGUCUCAAGAGCCGCUUCGUUUGAUUCAUACAAAUGUAACUGUUAUCCUGGAUAUGACGGUGAAUGGUGUGAAAGAGAGAUAAAUGAAUGUCUGCAGCAACCUUGUGGUAGUCUCUACAACUGUAUUAAUGAAAUUAACGACUACAGCUGUGUCAUAAAACCGGAAGCACUGGCAUGCCUGAUUUUAUCUGGAUUGUUUGUAAUUAUCAUAAUUGGCAUAAUAUAUAUUCGCUAUAGGAAUAAUAAGAAGAAUUCCAGGGAGGAACUUCAAGAUGAAUUUGAAGAGAACAACUUUGGCGAAUUCGACAAUGAAUUAUUUUCUGAUGACGACAUUUUGCCUACAAAAACGGUCCCACCUUGUGACACACACUUCUGCUCCAGAUUGGCAGAAUCAGAAACAAUACCGUUUUACCAGGAGAACCCAGGGCCGUCACACAACGGAGGUUUCGAAACGUCGGAAGCACCAAAUGGUACUACAAUGAAUGACCAAAAUGUAACGGCGAUAAAAUGGCCUCAAAGCAAAAGUAAGAGCCCAAUGCAAAAGGUGGGCUUCUUUUACCCUGACUUUUACAACAACGACGCUUUUUCGGCUUCUGAUGAUUACUUCGACGACGAACCGAAAAACAUAGAUAGUAGUGUCAUUACUUCGGGAGACGGUUCUUCAACGCCUUCUAGUGGUUUGAAAAAGAGUCUUCCAUUGCAAAACACAGCAACAGUCCAUAAUACGUUCUACAGACCGUUUUUCCAUGAAAACCCCAGACCAGUUUUUAAAGAUCCUAUUCCAAAACCCCACUUCAUACGACCACUAGACGGGAGGCGUCAUUCAACUUCAGAGCAAACCACAACAGCUAAAUCUGGAAAAACCUCAAAAAAGCGAAGACCAAAAGAAACAAACGAAGAAUUCUUCGAACACCCAUAUCCUGAUUUGCCUGAUAAGUUCAAUUUUGCUGAUGAAAUGAAGACAUAUAACUCGCACAUCCUUCGAGUUGCAUCUCCUGAUGAGAAAAAUCGUCGACGAUCGAAUUCCGUGGAUUCGAUAAACAGGACUGUUACUACCACACCUAUUGGUGUUGUGGAUAACAACAUGUUUUCAGAAUGCUGAAACAGUAAAAUAAAAAUAAAACAGACUCAGAAUGAUACGGGCUCUUCACAAUAUACUGGUUUGUGUCAUUUAACGAUAUCAAAAACCUGUUUACAACAUGUAUAUUUUUUGUUUCAAAUUUCAAUUAAAAGAAUGAUUAAUUUAAAAAAAAAUGAAAAUUGUACUGGCGUUUCAAAACAUACUGUUUUGUGUCAUUUAACGGUAACAACAAUCUGUAUACGAUAUUUUGUUUUUGUUUUGAAAUUCGAAAUUUUAAUAUAAAGUAUGGUUUAAAAUGUAGGGAUGUUUGUUCCAUACAUAUUUUAAAGAUCUUAUUUCAAGAUUAACAUCCAGUGGCUUGUUGUUUUUAAUUAUUGUGAUUCAGUUUAUUUUUUGUGUGGUUGGAUUUUUGGGGUUUUAUAUUUAUUUAGUUCUGUAGCACAUGCCUUUGCAGUACAUGAACAUCCAAAGAGGAUUUGUGUUUGUCCAUUAAGAUACUGUGUAAUCUAAUAUUUUUAUAUCGUGUAGGAAUAAUCUACUUGUAGUAUGUUUGUGUAGCACUAUCUAUAAAUUAUGUUGAUUUUGAAAAGUUCCCGCCGACCUUUAAAAAUUUUGUAGAUACUACCGGAAUCAUUUGGUGUUUGAUUUUGAUGGCAUUUAUUAGCAUUAUUUUUUUUCUUCUGAUUGUUUUCCGAAAUAAGAAAAUAUUUAAAGUAUAGACUUUAAAUUCAGAUAUAAACUCUAUUAGUGAAUAUUCCAUAUUGACAUAAAGCUGUUCGCCUCUAAACAAUUUUGUAGUUUUAGUUUUGAUUAGCAAAUAAUUAUCACUCGGAUCUAUAAAACAAUAAAAGAAAUAAUUUUU